UCCUGCUCCUGUCUGCUGAGGCUGCUGCUGCUGUGAGCAAAUUUCAACCAUUUUGCCAAAGGACCUGCACACUGGAGAAAUAAACAAAGGAUACAUUGCAAGAUGUAUCCACAAGGCCGACAUCCGGCUCCGCAUCAACCUGGCCAGCCCGGCUUCAAAUUUACUGUAGCAGAGUCUUGUGACAGAAUCAAAGACGAGUUUCAGUUCCUGCAAGCCCAGUAUCACAGCCUCAAGGUGGAGUACGACAAACUGGCCAAUGAGAAAACUGAGAUGCAGCGCCACUAUGUCAUGUAUUAUGAGAUGUCCUACGGGCUGAACAUAGAGAUGCACAAACAGACGGAGAUCGCCAAACGACUCAAUGCAAUUUUAGCUCAAAUUAUGCCUUUCCUGUCACAAGAGCACCAACAGCAGGUUGCUCAGGCAGUGGAGAGGGCAAAGCAGGUGACUAUGACAGAGCUGAAUGCCAUCAUCGGGGUACGUGGACUUCCCAAUCUGCCUCUCACCCAGCAGCAAGCUGCCUAUCCUGCUCUCRUGCAGCAGCAGCUCCAGGCACAGCACCUCUCCCACGCUGCCCACGGGCCUCCGGUCCAGCUGCCGCCCCACCCCUCGGGUCUGCAGCCACCCGGCCUCCCCCCUGUGACUGGUUCGGGGUCAGGGCUGCUGGCGCUCGGGGCUCUGGGCAGCCAAGCUCACCUCCCAGUGAAGGAUGAGAAGAACCACCAUGAUCUGGAACACAGAGAGAACACGAAUAACUCGAUAUCUCCAUCAGAAAGCCUACGAACAGCCAGCGAGAAGCAMCGCAGUUCUUCAGACUACAGUCUGGACUCCAAAAAGCGCAAAGUGGAAGAGAAGGACAGCAUGAGCAGAUAUGACAGUGACGGGGAGAAGAGUGAUGACUUGGUUGUAGAUGUAUCUAAUGAGGAUCCCGCCACCCCGAGGGCGAGCCCAGCCCAUUCGCCACCGGAAAACGGCAUCGAUAAGCCGCGCCCACCCAAAAAGGACACGCCAAACAGCCCUGCGUCCGUGGCAUCGUCUGGAAGCACACCGUCCUCCAAGGCCAAGGAACUCAGCCAUAAUGACAAAUCCUCCACGCCUGGUCUCAAAUCCAACACCCCCACCCCACGUAACGAUGCCCCCACCCCUGGCACCAGCUCUACUCCUGGGCUCAGACCCAUCCUGGGCAAGCCACCAGGCAUGGAAGCUCUCGCAGCACCAGCUUUGCGUACCCCUCUGUCCAUUGCGAGCUCCUAUCCCUCCCCCUUUGCCAUGAUGGGCCACCAUGAAAUGAAUGGAGGCCUGACAAAUCCCGGGGUGUACGCUGGUCUUCACAUCUCCCCUCAGAUGAGUGCUGCAGCGGCUGCCGCUUAUGGACGCUCCCCCAUGGGGUUUGAUCCUCACACUCACAUGAGAGCCCCAGGUCUUCCAGCCAGCCUCACAUCUAUUUCUGGUGGCAAACCAGCUUACUCCUUCCACGUCAGUGCAGAUGGCCAGAUGCAGCCCGUGCCCUUCCCACCCGAUGCCCUCAUUGGCCCCGGCAUCCCGAGGCACGCCCGUCAGAUCAACACGCUCAGCCAUGGCGAGGUGGUGUGUGCCGUUACCAUUAGCAACCCCACACGUCACGUCUACACGGGUGGCAAAGGCUGUGUCAAAAUCUGGGAUAUCAGCCAACCUGGUAGCAAGAGUCCCGUGUCCCAACUGGACUGUCUGAACAGAGAUAACUACAUCCGAUCCUGUAAGCUGUUGCCUGAUGGUCGCACAUUGAUCGUUGGAGGCGAGGCCAGCACGUUAACCAUCUGGGAUCUGGCCUCGCAGACACCCCGCAUCAAGGCUGAGCUCACCUCCUCGGCCCCGGCGUGCUACGCCUUGGCCAUCAGCCCCGACGCCAAAGUCUGCUUCUCCUGCUGCAGCGAUGGAAACAUUGCCGUUUGGGACUUGCACAACCAGACGCUUGUCAGGCAGUUCCAGGGUCAUACAGAUGGUGCCAGCUGUAUUGACAUUUCCCAUGAUGGCACUAAGCUGUGGACAGGCGGUCUCGAUAACACCGUUCGCUCUUGGGAUCUGAGGGAGGGUCGACAGCUGCAGCAGCAUGAUUUCACUUCACAGAUCUUUUCUUUGGGCUACUGUCCAACUGGAGAGUGGCUGGCUGUGGGUAUGGAGAGCAGUAACGUGGAGGUGCUCCACCAUUCAAAGCCUGACAAGUACCAGCUCCACCUGCACGAGAGCUGCGUUCUCUCCCUCAAAUUUGCCUACUGUGGUAAAUGGUUUGUAAGCACUGGGAAGGACAAUCUGUUGAAUGCUUGGAGGACUCCUUACGGCGCCAGCAUAUUCCAGUCCAAGGAAUCCUCAUCUGUCCUGAGCUGUGACAUCUCAACGGACGACAAGUACAUCGUAACAGGCUCUGGAGACAAGAAGGCCACUGUAUAUGAAGUGAUUUACUGAACAAACUGGAUUUGGAGCACGGUGAUGCUCAGGAACAGCAAACUCUUACUCCAUCCAUCUUCCCUCACGCAAACGGCAUGGAUUCUGGAUUCUGCCCGCAGUUCAGGAGGGAGGGCAGGAAGUUUGGCAGCGCCAGACUGAAAUGGAUGAUAGUGCUGUUUUGGCCCUGGAUUUUGUGUCAUGCACCUCUGCCCUCCAUCAUCGAUCCAACACUUGUACAGUGCAGUUUCUGAAAGCACUAAGAAAAAAAAGGUUGCUGUUUUUUUUUCUUUCUGUUUGUUGGAUUUUUUUUUUUCAUCCUUUUUAUUGUGGAGAUAAACUUCCAUGAUGCAACAAGAAGCGGCGCUUCGCUUUGGAGCUUUUUUUUUUGGAGGUCCUGUGAAAAGUGUACAUAAUGGAGUAAUAAAUGGCCUUUUAUAGAUUUAUA